AUGAUUGAUAUGUCAACGAUCGUAAAAUACCAAGGAACAAACGUUCGACCCGUGCUACAAUUGACUGAAAAAUUGUUCUCAGAGGCUUUUUUCAACCCAUAUUUAACGGCGCAACAAUUGAUUGUUCUCGAAAGUUUACUAUCGAUAAAUGAUCGGUCUACGAAGCUCAAUGUCUGGCAAGAACUGAUGAACGGCAAUGUCACAUUGAAUAUAGUGAACGUAGCACCCAAAAUAUCCGAAGACGACAUAAAGAAAAGCACUCAAGAAGCACAAUUAGGUGGAGGUGAGGAGCGCAGUGAUGAAGGUCAAACUAUGAGCGAUUUGAAUAAUAGUGCCGGAAAUGAACAAGUUGAAGACGACCUCUCGCAGUUGGAUCUUGAGGAUUUUCGGCAAAAGGUUACUGGGUCCGACUUUAUUGGGAACUUAUCACUUAAAAUACGCUACGUGAUAUGGCAGUGCGCCAUUGACCACCUUUGGAGAAAUUCACCCGAUGAUGAUUACGACAACGGGUCUGACUUUCUUCUGCUGGAGACGGAUGGGGUAGAAGAGUGCUCUGAAGCGAAUGAAUUCGUUAAUAUCUCGAUAAGCACAACACAACGUAGCGAAGACGAUGACUACGACGAAGAGAAUGAUUACGACGGCAAUUACGACGACGAUAGGGAUAGAAAGAGAGAUGGACUGCAGAGUUCUCUAAUGUCCUUUAAUAACAUUGAAGUUUCAAAAGAUGGGAAUAAUCAUAUGACUCUUACCCUGAGAGUUUCAAAAGACAUUCUUCCUAAACUGCGAAGCAAUGACGUUGAAGAAGUAAUGAGAAAUUGCAAUAGAAUAUAUCACAACUUCGAACACGAUAAAGAAACGAUGCAGAAGAGACUAAGACUCGAGGCGAAUGACAAACUAUUGGAAGGAACAAGAAAAAAGAGAUCUCACAGUGAAAUUGAUGUUGGGCAGACUAAUAAUACAGAGUUGAAUGCUAAUGCUGUUGAAAUAGAUGAGAAAUUACCACCUUCACAUAAUUUAAGUCCAAAUGAAAACCUUGUCCUCGUGAGUGAAGGUGGAGUACAGGAUGGCAAGAGGCCUAGAAGGGAUUCUGUACCUCUUCCAGUAAAUUUAGGAGCUGCAAAUUUGUCGUUAAAGCACUUAUUAUCCAACAUCCAGGAAAAUAAAUCGAGGCUUAAAAUAUCUGACUAUGAGUUGAAGCAUCUAAUAAUGGAUGUUAGGAAGAAUAGGUCAAAAUGGGCUUCUGAUGAAAAGAUUGGUCAAGAAGAACUUUAUGAAGCAUGUGAAAAGGUUGUUUUGGAGUUACGAAAUUAUACUGAACACUCAACUCCUUUUCUUAAUAAAGUAAGCAAAAGGGAAGCUCCAAAUUAUCAUCAAAUCAUAAAAAAAUCCAUGGAUUUGAAUACGGUUUUGAAAAAGUUAAAGACAUUUCAGUACAAAUCAAAGCAAGGAUUUGUUGACGAUGUCAUGCUAAUUUGGAAAAACUGCCUAACAUAUAAUUCCGAUCCUUCACAUUUUCUUAGAGGUCAUGCCAUUGCAAUGCAAAAAAAAUCUUUGCAGCUUUUACCUCUGAUACCUGAUAUCGUUAUCAGAAAUCGUGAGGAUGUCGAGAAGGAAUUGGAGGAAAUGGAAAAGGAAAAGGGUUUCGAAGAAGAAGAAGAAGAAGAAGAAGAGGAGGAGGAGGAGGAGGAAGAGGUUGCCAGUACGGGGAGGAAGGGCCUCAGUAUGGGUGCGCAUAAACCAAGCAAAGCUUACGGAUCAAAUAGUGAAGAACCUGGCAAUCUUGCUGAAAAGAGAAACACACCAGAAACGGUGAAUAAAACAACUAAGGGAAAAUCUCACGAUGAGAACAUUUUUACUGAGGAAAAUGAAGUAAACUUAUUAUCUGAUACUAAAUCAGUUGAGAUCAAGUCUAACGAGAUAUCAACUAGUAAAGAUGAAUCUCUUCAAAAUACAAAUGACAGCAAGCAUAUGGAAAUGGGAAGGAGAGAUCAUGUAAUAGGAGCUCUGAGGGAAGGGGAUGGAGGGAAGCAAGAUGAGGAGAAAGUAGGAGUGAAUGGAGGAAGAGAAGAAAAAGAAGAGGCAGAAGAAGAGAAAGAGGAAGAGGAAGAGGAAGAGAAAGAGGCAGAGGCAGAGGCAGAGGCAGAGGAAGAGGAAGAGGCAGAGGAAGAGGAAGAGGAAGAUGAUGAAGAUAAUGAUGAGGAAGAUGAAGAGGAAGAGGAAGAGGAAGAGGAAGAGGAUGACAUGACAGAAACGCAGGAGUAUUACACAGAGAAGAAUGACGAUAAAGACGAUGUGGAAAUAUCUGUUUGGAAGUCGGUCACUGCUAAGGUUCGAGCUGAGAUUUGUAUUGAAAGGUCCCGAUAUUUUGAAAAUGGUAAACUAAAUAGCAACUCAAAUGCGUUAUUGAAAAAUCCUCAAAAGAUGAAGGGUUUCUCGCAGCUAUAUACUGAGUACAAGGAACAGAAAGAGUUAGAACUCCAAAGAAAAAAAUUGGAACAAGAGUCGAUAAUGAAGAAUGGAUUUCAUGCUGUGAUAAAACAAGAGGAAGAAGACCCAAAAUUAACAGGUGAUGACAGUUCUCCAGUCAACUCCGAUCCUUUCGAAAAGGAAUCGAAUGAUAUUGAAUUAGACACCAAUAUGUUCUUACAAGAAUACGACGUGACCAAUUCGUUGCCUGCUUUUAAGUACAUGGGCAUUGAUGGAAAAAUCCUGGAUAGGAAAGAGGAUGCUCAAGUGAAAAAGCUUCUUGACAAUGGAAACUCAAAAGAAAGUAUAUUCUUACUUAAUCGCAAUCGAGGUCUAUCGCCCUUAAUCAACAAAAACAUCGAACUCAUACAGAAUAUUAGACAUAUUUGUCACAAAAUUUCCCUCAUUAGAUUGCUACAAAGUCCGAGCUCCAUGCUAAACAAUAGAAACGGCAGUAAUACUCAGCAACUUAUCAAUUCUCAUCAAUACAAAUUUGACAGGAUAGAUGACUCUUUAGACAUUGAUCCUAUCUCCCAACUCGAUACCCAUGACUUUAAAAAUAAUAAGUUGCUGAUGUGGAAACUCAUGCACAAAAACGUUUCAAAAAUUUUAAUGUCGAGUGGUUUCGAAACUACAAAGCCCUCAGCAACUAAUAUGCUUACUGAAAUUGCCAGUGAAUACCUAUCGAAUCUUAUUAAAAGUAUCAAAAUACACCACGAAAGUAACUCUUUAAUUCACGCAAAACCUAGUGAUAUUUUACGCAUGAGUCUUCUCGAGAACGGAAUCGGCAGGCCUGAUGAUUUAUAUACAUAUAUCGAUUCAGAGUUCACGAAGAAAACCAAAAAGUUAGUCGAUAUGAAAAUGAAGUUAGAGGCGUUCUUGAAGGAUCUCUUAAGACCAACAUUGCAAGAGCUUUCAGAGCGAAAUUUUGAAGAUGAAAGUCAAAGCUUUUUGACUGGUGACUUUGCAACAGAAUUGACUGGUGAGGACUUCUUUGGAUUUAAAGAUCUCGGUCUUGAAAAGGAAUUCGGCGUGUUAAGCUCAUCUGUUCCAUUACAGCUUUUAACAUUUCAGCUGCAGUCUAAUGAUACGGAAGCAGAGGUUCAAGUGAAGAAAAUUCAACCUGAAGAGUUUGAUAAUGUUGUUUACAGUAAAAUCUCGAGAGAAGAAAUCGAUAAAGGUGCAUUUUGGAGCGUUCUCAUGCCCUUAUUAAGAAAGUCCUGGGAGCGUUCCAAGAUGUAUCGUCAAAAGUUAGCCAAGUCCUUUUCUUCGCAAUAUCAAGACGUUCAUCAAGCAUCUGAUAAUUCAAACGAACUUUUAGUUGAAGAUGAAGAAAUGAUACUAAAGGCAAAGUCUGGAAACAGACCCCGUCUCCCUCCUACAGGAAAAAUUGGCAGCUCAUAUAAGAAAAAGGCGAUUUGCGAUGCUUUCAUUCUUCCGGAAGACGAGGAAGAAGAUCAAAACGAAAAUGAAGAGUCGAGCGCUGCCCAAAUGCUUAGAAAGGGAGUUGAUGUGACUCCAGAUAAAAAUGAAAAAAUCGGCCCCAGUAAUACACCUGCUGAAAACUCCUUCGACCUAAGCCUUUCGGGGCUUGAAAAAUGA